CACAGGGAGGUGGAUCGUUGUGUCCAAUGUUUCUCCAUAGAGGUGACUUAAACCUUUCUCCUCAAACAAAACGGUUCCAGCUAGAGCUGAGAGUUGGUGUUCCUCUCCCCGAGAGGAGCGGGAGGUGGAUCAGGGGAACACAAUAAUGAUCAGCACCAUGGAAUGCGCAGUGGACGCGCAAAGCCUGAUCUCCAUGUCCUUAAUGAAGAUCCACAAUUCCAGGACGCAGAGAGGGGGAAUCAAGCUGCACAAAAACCUGCUUGUCUCUUAUGUGCUGAGGAACGCAAGGCAGGUCUACAUCAAGGAGAAAUACGCGGAGAUCUACAGGAUGCAGCAGUACGAGGAGGUGAUGACGGUCUGCAACGAAAUCCAAGAGCUCAACCCGCUGGAUUUGGACGCAGAGGACACCGACGACGAGGAGCAGACGCGGGCAGCCUGCUGCGGCGAAGAGGCGAGUCUGUGCGACGCUGCAUGCCAAAGAGGCGCAGCGCAACCAGAGGCGCACGCCCGGACAGCGAGCGCUCUCCUCAGCGGCUGUCCUAUCGAGGACGGCGGCAAAGAACCGGAGCCGUCCGACUACCGAAGCUGCUGUAUGGAGGCGUCCCCUCUGUCCCACUUUGACCAGUUUCCAGCGCUGCAAGACAGACAUUGCAAUAAAACGACAGUGUUGGAUUUGGACACGCAUGUGGUGACCACGGUGGAGAACGGUUAUCUCUACCAGGACUGCUGCUGUGACGCGCUCCAGUGCGGCCAGGGCGCGCAGUCCCCGGCCAAGAAACGGAAGGUUGAAUUCGGUUGCUGCAUAUCCGAGGUGGAGGAAAUAUCUGAUUUUACAGCUGCUCGCAAAAGGGCGAAACGCGAGGACUGUUCUUACUCCAACCCGGAAUACACAGACACUUCCAACAUCUCAAACCUGAUCUCCAUCUUCGGCUCGGGGUUUUCAGGGCUGCUGAGCAGACAGACGGACUUGGAACAGAUCUGUAGCAAACAGGCGUUGGCCAGCCUUGGAGCAUGGACCCGGGCGAUUGUGGCAUUUUGAAUCAAACACUUUAUUUCACUGAAGACCGGGGUCAGUUGUAACACGUUUCCCCACAAAAUAUUAGUAAACAAAAGCCAAGAUCCGUUUUCUACUGCCAGCUUUUGCACUGUUCUAGGCAUAGUACGGAAUAUGUAUAUCAAACGUUCCUAUUCCAAGAAACUUUCAGCAAAUGCUCUGUAGAGACCAUUUAAGAAGACCACAGGGUGAUUGUGAUUGUCCCUGAUAAUAUUUAUGUGGAAAAAAGUUUCUGAAACCUUCCAGAAAUAUUCUUUUAAUAAAUCAAGCCAGAACUUUCUUGGAAAGUAAAUGACAUGGCAUUUGGAAGCAUUCCAAAUUAAGUGGGAAAUGCUCUUUAACAUCUUUCUUAUGUGCAAAUAGCAGAUAAAUAUAUGUAGGAUGUGUAAGUUUAUGAGUUAAUAUCUGAUAUAUCAAAAUUAGGCAAAUUCUGAACUACAUUUAAAAAACGUCGCCAAUGUUCUUUAUUCAAUAUGUUAAAUAAUAACAAUUAAUUUUAAGCUAAAUACGUUUUAGCAUGUGUUACAACUGACCCCACAGUAUCAGCCAUGGUAAAAUAUUGUGCUAAAAUCACAGCAACUCUGGCAUAAGCUAAUCUCAGUAGCUUGUAGUUUCUCACACAGAUGUAACAAAAACAGUGUUUCAAUGUGUUAAAGAGUUGAAUUAAUCAAAAAUGAUACCUCAAAGCACACCUUUGUCUUAAAAAUCUAAAACAUAUGUGACUGUGGUCAGUCGCUAUAGGCGACAUCACUCACACUUGCUUCUGAUUGGAAGAAAUGUAGGUGUUACAACUGGACCCGGUCUCUCCUAUAAUGUCUAAAUUGACUUUAUUUUUGCAAGAAAAAGAAAAGCUAUUUAAAAAAUUAACAAUUUAUUGACAAUAAUUUCAACAGGGCGAGGAAUGAGGUUCAUGCCAUAAGAAUCAUGUUUCCUGUUUUCAGAAUCCAAGAUACAUGUCUAAAGAAACCUUUGGUGACUUAAAUCUGAUGAAAUAGAUUGAAUUUUGUUGCCUUAACACACUACUGCUAGCUAUUGUCAUACCUGAAAAUACAUUGAAAGUGACUGAAUGUCUUUGCUGUCUCUUCUGUCCUGGGCCGAGGAGCUUUGUGGGAAAACACCACCUCCUGUUGCAAAUGGGACUUGCACAUUCGGAGCAAUUUGUUGUCAUGUGUUAACACCUUUGAGGUACAUGGACUCUGAACCAGCUCAUAUCAUUUGAUGGGGUGCCAACAAUUCGACUGUGUAACACUUUUUGGGCUAUUACUGUCAUUAUCCUCCACCUCCACUCUGAGUUUGUGAUAGUAAACACUCUGGGUCAUUUUGGCAGUCCUCUCUUGGUCAUGGUUGUUGCUCGAAGCCUUCAUGGCAAUUCAUAACUCCAACCUGUUCUUGGUUUUGUGAGUUUUACUUUGUUUUGUAAAAGAAUGAUCUUAGUCCUUAGUCCUUUUGUUUUAAAAAGGCAAACUCAUGAUUUAGCCAUAACCUGAGAAUCCAUGCAUUAGCUUUAUGAGCACUAUGUGUACCAAAAUAAAGAGAGUAUUCAGCCAUUCUCUACAUAUUUUGUUGUUAUUCUUGUAUUUUUGUGCUUAAUAAAUUGUAGAUC